CUUUCCCCUCCCUCCUCGCCCCCCUCCCCUUCCCCUCGCAUCCUUGGAAGCAACAAUUAAGCAGCUCUGGGAUAAAACACACAGCCCGCGGGAGCACGGGGGCAUUGCUUCAAGAGAUGGCAAGGCAGGCAGCUGCACCCCUCCUCCCCGGAGUCCUCCUCCUCCUCUCCAUCCUCCCGGCUACUCAGCAAGGAGGGGUUCCUGGUGCUAUCCCGGGAGGGGGAGUCCCAGGAGCAGGCUUUUUCCCAGGUGCUGGAGUUGGAGGUUUGGGAGCAGGACUCGGGGCUGCAGGAAAACCUCCCAAACCAGGGGUCGGAGGACUUGGGGGGGUCGGAGGACUUGGGGGACUCGGCCCCCUUGGCCUGCAGCCAGGUGCUGCGGGUCUGUUCCCCGGAGCCUUCCCCGGGGCGGCGUUCCCGGGAGCUGCCUCGGCCGCGGCGCUCAAGGCUGCAGCCAAAGCUGGUGCUGGCAUUGGAGGCGUGGGUGGAAUUGGUGGUCCUGGUGGCCUCGGGGUCUCCACAGGUGCCGUGGUACCGGGCGCGGUGCAGCCCGGCCUUGGCGCGGCAGGGAAACCCCCUAAAAUACCAGGUGCUGGGAUUCCUGGAGCUUUUCCGGGUGGCGUGCUCCCCGGCGCAGGUGUUCGCUUCCCUGGCGUGGGAGUGCUGCCCGGGGUCCCCACUGGAGCUGGAGUCAAGCCUAAAGCCCCAGGAGCUGGAGCCUUUGGAGGAAUUCCCGGACUGGGAGGUUUUGGAGGUCAGCAGCCCGGUGUCCCUCUGGGUUAUCCCAUCAAAGCUCCUAAGCUCCCAGGUGGCUAUGGACUGCCCUACACCAAUGGCCUCAGGCCCGGCGGGAUAGGAGCCGGCCUCCUGGCAGGAAAGGCAGGAUACCCCACCGGGACAGGGGUCGGAGCACAGGCAGCAGCAGCGAAGGCAGCAGCAAAACUUGGAGCUGGUGUCCUGCCCGGCGUUGGCGGCAUCCCAGGAGUUGCACCCGGUGUUGGCAUCGGCGGUGUCCCAGGAGUUGGAGUCGGAGGACCGGCAGCGGCGGCGGCAGCAGCAAAGGCAGCGGCAAAGGCGGGAGCUUUUGGUGCUGGGGCAGUGCCUGGAGUCGGAGGUGUCCCUGGCUUGGUGCCCGGUGUCGGAGGUGUCCCCGGGGCGGUGCCCGGUGUCGGAGGUGUCCCCGGGGUGGCAGGGGUGCCGUCAGCAGCAGCAGCAGCAAAGGCAGCUAAGUACGGCGCCGGCGUUCCCGGUGUCGGUGUGGGCGGCGUCCCCGGCCUGGUGCCCGGAGUCGGAGGUGUCCCUGGCUUGGUGCCCGGUGUCGGAGGUGUCCCCGGGGCGGUGCCCGGUGUCGGAGGUGUCCCCGGGGUGGCAGGGGUGCCGUCGGCAGCAGCAGCAGCAAAGGCAGCUAAGUACGGCGCCGGCGUUCCCGGUGUCGGUGUGGGCGGCGUCCCCGGCCUGGUGCCCGGAGUCGGAGGUGUCCCUGGCUUGGUGCCCGGUGUCGGAGGUGUCCCCGGGGCGGUGCCCGGUGUCGGAGGUGUCCCCGGGGUGGCAGGGGUGCCGUCGGCAGCAGCAGCAGCAAAGGCAGCUAAGUACGGCGCCGGCGUUCCCGGUGUCGGUGUGGGCGGCGUCCCCGGCCUGGUGCCCGGAGUCGGAGGUGUCCCUGGCUUGGUGCCCGGUGUCGGAGGUGUCCCCGGGGCGGUGCCCGGUGUCGGAGGUGUCCCCGGGGUGGCAGGGGUGCCGUCGGCAGCAGCAGCAGCAAAGGCAGCUAAGUACGGCGCCGGCGUUCCCGGUGUCGGUGUGGGCGGCGUCCCCGGCCUGGUGCCCGGAGUCGGAGGUGUCCCUGGCUUGGUGCCCGGUGUCGGAGGUGUCCCCGGGGCGGUGCCCGGUGUCGGAGGUGUCCCCGGGGUGGCAGGGGUGCCGUCGGCAGCAGCAGCAGCAAAGGCAGCUAAGUACGGAGCUGGCGUUCCUGGCAUCGCUGGCGUUCCUGGUGUUCCUGGCGUUCCUGGUGUGCCUGGGGUUCCUGGUGCUGUUCCUGGUGUUGGAGUUGGUGGCCCGGCAGCAGCGGCCGCAGCCAAGGCUGCAGCGAAAGCAGCGGCGAUCGGAGCAGGACGUGUUCCUGGUGUUGGCAUUCCUGGUGUUGGCGUGCCCGGUGUUGGCGUUCCCGGUGUUGGCGUUCCUGGAGUGGGUGUGCCAGGUGUUGGCGUGCCCGGUCUGGUGCCUGGGGUCGGCGUUCCAGGAGUUCCGGCAGCCGCUGCCAAAGCAGCCGCCAAAGCAGCCAAGUACGGAGCAGGUGGCCUGGCUCCCGGUGUGGGUGGCCUGGCUCCCGGCGUGGGUGGCCUGGCUCCCGGCGUGGGUGGCCUGGCUCCUGGAGUAGGUGGCCUGGUUCCUGGAGUAGGUGGCCUGGUUCCUGGUGUUGGAGGUGUCCCAGGUGUUGGAGGUCCUGCAGCAGCAGCCAAAGCAGCAGCCAAGGCAGCCAAAUUCGGUGCCGGGGUUGGAGGGGUGCCAGGGGUGGUGCCUGGCGUGGGCGGAGUGCCCGGAGUGGCACCCGGUGUUGGUGGCGUGCCCGGCUUGGUGCCAGGGGUGGGAGUACCUGGAACUGGCAUCCUUCCUGGGGCAGGCAUCCCCCAAGUAGGGGUGCAGCCUGGUGCUAAACCUCCCAAAUUCGGUGUUCCUGGGGUUGGAGUCCCAGGGGUUGGUGGCCUCCCAGGUGGCCUUGGCGUCGGUGGGCUCGGCGUUGGUGGCCUCGGAGCUGCUGGGAAACCUCCCAAGCCAGGCGUUGGAGGUCCCGGCUUCGGCGUAUCACCGCUAUUUCCAGGUGGGGUCGGCGGCCUGGGAUUCGGCGGGAAGCCCCCCAAGCCCUACGGAGGAGCUCUGGGUGCCCUGGGCUUUAGAGGCGCGGGCUGCGCGGCAGGGAAGUACUGCGGGAGGAAGCGGAAGUAACGCUCCGUCACCGAUCACCUCAUGAACUUUGGUGCUACUGCAUGGUCCAGAAUGUAAAUCCGAAGCAAAGCUGAGACACCCUCUCCUCCAGCCCCGGAGCCCCCCGUCCAUCCCGGGGCCGUUCCCCGGCAGCGCCCGGCCCCCCCCGGCCCUCGGUCCCGGCAGGGAGCGCGGAAUAAACUGCGGGGAGCAGCCGUCCCCCUUGGUGCUAUCGCUCUCUGCGGGAUUUGGGGGCCCCAGAGCUGACCCCCGGGGGGGCACAGGAUGAGGGGCACCCCACAUUGGA